UAAAAAUCUUUGACUCUAGUCUCCAUUUGGUAGGAUUUCGCUAAGGCUAGGCUAUUUGGAUGAGAACAUGUUAUAAUGUUUAAUCUGCCGCGGUGUCUAAUAACAGUAAUAUUGAUGCAAUGUUUCCCCUGCCUACUGUGCUGUUACAAUGUUUACACUACACUGUUCUCCCGUCCACACUACUGUUAGGCUCCAAUACUACACUGUUCUCCCGUCCACACUACUGUUAGGCUCCAAUACUACACUGUUCUCCCGUCCACACUACUGUUAGGCUCCAAUACUACACUGUUUCAUUUGACAGAAAGGUUGUGCGCGACUACUCCAGGUAGUAAUGGGUUUAGUUCACAAGCUUCCUAUUUUUAGCAACUCUACGGAUGCCUCUCUCUCUCUCUCUCUCUCUCUCUGGCUGUAGCCUGAGCAACUAACACGACGUAACAAGGCAAUUUCUUAGGAUACAAAGGCCAUUCUUACAUUUUAUUGUCAAACGGUCGUUUGAUCGCUGAGGCAAAACAAAUUUUUUUAUGGACCCUAGUUGAAUGUUGAUGAGGUUUUAUAUAAAUGAUCUCGGUUUAACCGGUGAGCGGAGAAGUAGGCUACGUCCUCCUCUUUAUGAUGACAACAUGGCUUCCUAUUCUACAACAUUUUUGACAAACUCAAUCGCGUUUUUCUAUUCGUCAUUGAUUUAUGCAUAAACCUAAUUGUGAGACUGGAAUAUUUUCCCACCAAUUUAUGGAAUUCCAUUGCUCGGUUUCAGUUAUUUUUCUCCCGAAGGCAACGGGACUAUUUAUUCAUUUAUUGUGUGGAGCCUCUCCUGCCUGAGUCGGGGAUAGUAGCAGAUAUCGAGGUGGAGAGCGUCCUCCCGUCAGAGUCUGAUACCUUCUACCAGCUGAAGAGCCAGCCCAUCACCCUGAGCGUGUCCCAGCCCCCAUCUGACACGGCGUCUCCCUCCUCCGGCCCAGUGAUGACGUCCCGGGUGUUGAUGAGGCAGGAGCUGAUGCGCCAGCAGGCCAGGGACCAGGAGAGGAGAGAGGCCCAGCAGCAGGUCUCCUCAGCCCAGCUACGCACCGCCGACUCCUCCCCAGCCAUCUCCAUGGCCCCAGCGCACGCCGGGGCCAGACCUCCCCCUGCUCAGGUCCCUGUGGAGGUCCUCAAGGUUCAGACCCACCUGGAGAACCCCACUAAGUACCACAUCCAGGCCUCUCAGAGACAGCAGGUGAAACACUACCUCUCCUCCACCCUGGGGAACAAACUGACCAAUCAGACACUGGGCGCCUCCCCCUCGCCUCAGUCCGGAUCCGCCCCUUCUCUCCAGCCUGCAGCCAGCAGCACUCCCAGCAGCCCACUGGCUGUGCUCAGCCUGAGCGCCAACAAGGAGGAGAUGGAAGAUGUGAUCGAUGACAUCAUCAGUCUUGAAUCCAGUCUCAACGAUGAGUUCUUUACGUUGAUCGACUCUGGCCUACAUCUAGCCAACACGCUGCCAGUGUCAGGGAACAUGCUGGAUGUGUACAGCAGUGGAGGGAUGGUUGCUCCUACCAUCGCCGUCUCAAACUCCUGUCCUGCUGACCUGCACAACGUCAAGACUGAGUUAACCGGUACUGAGGUGGAGGUUAAAGCUAUGACGAAGGAGCGACAGAAAAAGGACAACCAUAACCAGAUUGAGAGACGGAGGAGGUUCAACAUCAACGAUCGCAUCAAGGAACUGGGAGCUCUCAUCCCCAAAUCGAGUGACCCACCCCCCUGCUACGGAGACAGGGAGACGCGUUGGAACAAGGGAACCAUCCUGAAGGCGUCUGUGGACUACAUCAGGAGGCUGCAGAAGGAGCAGCAGAGAGCCAAGGAGAUGGAGACCAGACAGCGGAAACUGGAGCACAGCAACCGUAACCUACUGCUACGUAUACAGGAGCUUGAGCUGCAGGCCCGCCUCCACGGCCUCUCCACCCCCGCCUCCUCCUCCCAGGGCAGCUCCUCCUCACACCUAAGCCUAUCACAGUCCCUGGACCCCAGCACGGGCGACGCCCUCUCCAGGACCCUCCUCUCCCUGAGUGGUGGCCCAGGCCUCCAGGCCGCCUCCCCCUCCUUCCUGUCUCCACCCCCCUCGGCCUCCCCGGUUGGUCUGAUGACCAUGGCCAGCCCUCUGGAUCUGGACUCUCUGAGCUUCUCUGAGCUGGACGACCCGUCGGCCGCAGCCUUCCACGCCUCCCUGCUGCCGGACAUGGGUCUGGGGGACAUCCUGAUGGACGAUAGGGGGGUGGGGAUGUCCUCUGUUGGGGGCAGAGACCCGCUGCUCUCCUCCGUCUCCCCAGGAGCCUCCAAGACAUCUAGUCGCAGGAGCAGCUUCAGCAUGGAGGAAGACCUGUGACUGGGCUCAGUCCCAAACCAACCCCUAGACCCUACACCCUACACCCUACACCCUAGCCCCUACACUGCUAGGCAGGAACAGAUUCAGCAUGGAGGAAGACCUGUGACUGGGCUCAGUCCCAAACCGACUCCUAGACCCUACACCCUAGACUAAACCCUACACCCUUAGAAACUUAAUGUAGAUCUGAGAGAAUUGGAAAGGAGUAAUCAUGGCAAAACAUUCCAGCCAGCAGAAUCAUACCAGAGUGCUUAUAUCAAUCCUCCGUCCUUUCAGAUUUACAGGAGUGCCUAGGGAGUCCAUUUGGGAUUCAGCAGGAGAGACAGAAGGCUCUAAACUAGGGAGUCCAUUUGGGAUUCAGCAGGAGAGACAGAAGGCUCUAAACUAGGGAGUCCAUUUGGGAUUCAGCAGGAGAGACAGAAGGCUCUAAACUAGGGAGUCCAUUUGGGAUUCAGCAGGAGAGACAGAAGGCUCUAAACUAGGGAGUCCAUUUGGGAUUCAGCAGGAGAGACAGAAGGCUCUAAACUAGGGAGUCCAUUUGGGAUUCAGCAGGAGAGACUGAAGGCUCUAAACUUUCCAGAGGACUGCAGACUGGCGGUGGGGCCUCCACCCACCCUGCAUGGCCCAGUCCUUCCAUCCCAACAGGAGGGUUUACUGCCUAUUGUCUUCUGGUUCUAGGAAUCUUCCAACCCGGGAUUUCUGAGAAAAAAAACGUGGGUAUUUGGAAAGUUAAAGGAAUUUUGCAACCCUAGUCUUAGUUUAGACUAGAAUGUCUAGAAAGAAUUCCUGACCCCUUAUGGUGAUGAUGCAAUCCAUUUUUAUCUCCAUGCUUGUAAUGGAAUAUAGAAUACAUCUAUGGAGUUGAGCUGUUCUAUAGCAUUAAAAGGAUAGAUACACCUUACAUAGAUAUUAACCUAUUAGUAUGUCUGGUUGUUAUUGGCUAGUUCUGUGAAUAGCAAUGAGGAUGGAGGUAGAUAUGUAUAGGGGUAAGGGGACAGGGAUACUGGAGUGAUGGAGGUAGAUAUGUAUAGGG